AUGUCUGAGAAACUCCCAGGGGAAGCUGAUAAGGGAAUUGAAUCUUUUGAUCACACUGGAAAACAGUAUUCAUCUUCUGAAGAAAUGAAGCAAGUUGCAUUAGAAAGUUACAAGAAAAUGAAAGGCAAUGCUCCCGAAAAAUUGAUCUCUGGAUCUGAUGAUUUUACUAUGUUUCUGUGGGAAACUUCUGUCAGUAAGCAUCCGAAAACACGAAUGACCGAUCAUCAACAGCUUGUGGAUCGUGUCUACUUUUCACCGGAUGGGCAAUGGGUGGCUAGUGCUUCGUUUGAUAGAUCUGUGAAGUUGUGUAAUGGUAUUGUUGGGAAGUUUGUUGCUGCAUUCAGUGGACAUGCCGGGCCUGUAUAUCAGAUAAGGUCUGCUUAUUUUGCGAGAUAUGGUGAUGAGGAUAUUGUAAAGCAGAGUACGAAUGGAAGCUUGAGUGAUAUCUGGGAUAUUCGCACGAAGAAGUUGAAACAAGAUCUUCCGGGUCAUGUGGAUGAGGUUUGUUCCCUUAACAUGGUCAUCAGACAAGUUUUAAGUUUGCAUGUCUAUCAUGGACUACCACUUGCUUACUUUAGCACGUGUUCUCGUGAGAACGUUUUUGCGGUCGAUUGGAAUCCAGAUGGUGAGAAUGUUGCUUCUGGUGGUAAAGAUAAGGUGUUGAAACUAUGGAUGGGAUAA